UAUUUGAGAAUAUUUUAUUUGUUGAAUAUAUUACAGCAAACAUAAUGACUGACAAAGCAUGGGAGAAGAAAUACCUCAAGGAUAGCUCAUUCUCAAUUCCACGAGAAAAAGUCCAAGAGAUGAUGAAAUACCAAUCUGACAAUUUUUUCAUGAUUCAGAACGAACUAGAUAUUCCUCCACCAAAUUACGAGAAUUAUAAUGAUUUCGGGUGGACUUUACUGGCACAAGCUAUUAUCAACAAUGAAGGCGACCUUAAUAAAUAUGUUGGAUAUGCUAAAUAAAUUCAAAAAUAAACUUCGUGAAUGGAAAGACCUCCCAUUCGUACUUAAGAAAGAAAUUGCAGUCGACCAAAGGAGGAAAAGCACUUAUACCAAGGUAUUCACUUCUGUGGAACCUCAUUUGAAAAACCUUGAUAAUCACAGAGGAAAGAGAAUCUUUGGCGUUGCCAUGCCUUCCAAUCGUACUACAAGGAAAAAUACUGAUAAAGGACUCAAUAUGACAACUAAGCUCUUAUCAGUCGUACCUCAGCCCACCUGCCCCAUCCUUCGCCCCAGAGAAGAAGAAAGUAGCUUCAUCGAAGAAUCUGAGAUAGCUGAUCAUAGUGAAAUAAAAAGAAGUUCUAUUAGGUUCAGCAUACAAGAAAUAUCAAAGAAGCCAGAAAUGAGAAAGAGAUACAGAAGAAACCUGAGAAACAAGAUUAUAUCCAAAUAAAUGGAGAAAUUUCUCAAACCGAAAGCACGACCCACUUAACUGCUCGAGACAAUGUGAUGAGAAAACUAAAGCUGAAAAUAAGAUUUCCCAAACCUGAUUUAAGAACAUGUACAAAGGGUCUCCCAGCCAUGUCUCCAGGCGGUCAGACAUAGCAGAGAGGAUAGAUAAGGUUGAAAACUCUCCUUUGAAGAAGAUCCUUCAACAAAGAAUCAAUUCAACUAGGGCUAGUUUGAAGACCAAAGACAAUUCUAAAGAGAGGCUGCAGAAGUAUAAAGAAAGAAGCAUGGAUACUAAACUCAGAAGAGAGCAAGACUCUGUUGAUGCUCUAAAAGACAAAGUACAGGAGCAUAAAAGACACCAGAAGUCAGUGUUCAUUGAAAACCUGCAAGAAAUCUCUUCCGACCCUAUAACCAUAUCAGAACUACAAAAUAAUCAAAGUAAUCAAAGUUCGUACAAAUCCUCUCACCCAAGAGUGAGCCCUUAUUUUGCCAAAAUGGGACUUUUCUCGCAGAAAAGCCCCAAGAAGUCAAAGCCAUUACUGCUGCUCACCAAAGGGUAUUCAACGAAAGUACCUGAUAGCCUUGUGAUGACUUCACGAAGGAAGAUGAAUUAAGAAUAUACAGAUUUCAAGCAGCA